UUUAUUUUACAAUUAUCACUUUAAAGACAAUGAUACUAGUAUUCUUCCUUCCCCCUCAAACCUCAUCCUAGCUACCUUAUCUCUAACACAAAACCACCACACCAAACUAAUCCAAACCGCCGCCGGAAAAUGGAGAAAUUCGAGCUAGUAUUCAUCCCAUCAGCCGGGCUGAGCCACCUCGUCGCCACCGUGCAAACCGCCAAGCUCCUCCUUGACCGCGACGCCCGCCUCUCCAUCACCAUCCUCACCAUGCAGCUCCCCAGCGACACCACCGUCGACGCCUACACCGCCAAGAUCUCCGCCCCCCGCCUCGCCUUCGUCCCCCUCCCGAUCCCGGGAGACUGGUCCCCGCAGUCGAAAACCUCCCUCUUCGACCUCAUCGACAGCCAGAUCACAAACGUCAGGGACAUAAUCGAGCACCGCCGCCGCGAUAUCCCCAUCGCCGGAAUCGUGCUCGACAUGUUCUGCCUCACAUUCAUCGAAAUCGCCCGGGAAUUCGCCUUUCCGGCCUACUGCUUCUUCACCUCCGGCGCGUGCACGCUAGGCCUGUUUCAGUACGUCGUCUCGUUGAAGUUCCACGAGAAUAAGGAGCUCACGGAGUUUAAAAACUCCGAUUCCGAGCUUCCGGUGCCCUGCUUUUCUCUCCCCGUUCCGGCGAAGGUGCUGCCGGCGGUGUUCGUCGACGGCGGCCCGAUCGCCGACGUGUUUUUGAACUAUUUCAGGAGAAUUUCGGAGACAGAUGGAGUUAUGGUAAAUACUUUCUACGAAUUCGAAUCCUACGCUAUCGACUCAAUGGCAGGAAAAAACCCUAGGGUUUACCCGGUCGGGCCGAUUUUGGACUUGAGCAGCGAAUCGGACGGGGACGACGCGAAGAAAUGGCUCGAUGAUCAGCCGGAGAAGUCGGUCGUUUUCUUGUGCUUCGGGACGAUGGGGAGUUUCGGAAAGGAGCAAGUGAGGGAGAUCGCUCUGGCUCUGGAGAAUAGCGGUUGUCGGUUUUUGUGGUCGCUGAGGAAGCCGGGGGCGAUGGGGGGAAGGUUGGUGGUUGAGUACGAAGAUUUUGGGGAGGUUUUGCCCGAGGGGUUUUUGGAUAGGACGAAAGGGGUCGGGCGGGUGAUCGGGUGGGCGGGACAGGUGGCGGUUUUGGCGCAUAAAGCGGUUGGGGGGUUUGUGUCGCACUGUGGGUGGAAUUCGACUAUGGAGAGUGUGUGGUUUGGGGUGCCUGUGGCUACUUUCCCGCUUUACGCGGAGCAGCAGUUGAAUGCGUUUCAACUGGUGAAGGAGUUGGGGAUGGCGGAGAUGAUUAAAUUGGAUUAUAAGAUGGAUUUUAGGGGGGAGGCGCCGCCCGAGAUUGUGGGGGCCGGGGAGAUCGAGGGGGCGAUAAGGCGGCUAAUGGGGGCGGAAGGGGAUGAGGUGAGGAGGAAGGUGGAGGAGAUGAGGAAGAAAGGAAGGGAGGCUUUGGAGGAAGGUGGAUCUUCAUAUAAAGCUCAAACUUUGUUUAUUGAGGAUGUUAUUAGAAACAUUAGUUAGUUAGUUGUAUGAUUUUGUUUGAAAAUAUUAUUCUAGUGUAUUUUGGAAUUGUAUUUGUCGAAUCUUGUUAAAUAAAUAAAUUGUGCCCUGUGAAUUAUGUUA